AUGGCCGACACCAAGUACUUUCAAACGGUCUUUUCCAAGAAGGAGUACCGCGACGCCGACAUUGUGCUCGUCAUCGUGGGCUCCAUGGACGCCCAGCGGUCACCGCCCAUUGAGCCCGAGGCAACGCUGCGCAAUAUCAAGAGCAUUUGCGACGCAUUGACGAAGAAGGGGAAGCGCGUCGCCGUCGGCACGCUCUGUCACUCGGACAUUGCCGCCAUCAACGACAAGCACACUGCGACCAACAAGCUUCUGCGCGACUUUUGCGUCGACACGCAACACGACGAGCUGCCGGUCAUGUGCGCCCCGGACCUUGCGAUUCCGAUGGUGCGCCGCCCAGAGGCCAAGGCGUUUGACGGUGUCCACUUCAACUCGAGCGGCUACAAGCAGAUUGCCAAAGACGCCAUGGACGUCAUCCAGCCGCUGGCGACGGCGGUCGAGUGGACGACGUGGAAAAAGAAGCUCGAUGGCAUGCAUGUCGAUCCUGCCUUGUACGAUUAA